GGGGGGGGUGGGGUGGGAAGUAGCGUCCCCGGCUGGUUGGGGGGGGGUGCGUUGCCCGGAGACAGAAAGUUUGGGCUCCGGAGCGGGCGCGGUGGCCCCGGGGCGGGGUCCGGGGGGUCCGGGGAGGAGGACGGCAGAUCCGGUAGAAUGGGGAAGGAGCAGGAGUUGCUGGAGGCGGCCCGCACCGGGCACCUCCCGGCGGUGGAGAAGCUGCUGUCCGGGAAGCGGCUCUCUUCGGGCUUCGGCGGUGGCUCUGGCGGUUCUGGCGGCGGCUCCGGGGGCAGCUCCGGGAGCAGUGGAGGCGGUGGCCUGGGCUCCUCUAGCCACCCCCUCUCCAGUCUCCUCAGCAUCUGGAGAGGACCCAACGUGAAUUGUGUUGAUAGCACUGGUUAUACCCCUUUGCACCAUGCAGCUCUGAAUGGUCACAAGGACGUGGUGGAGGUUCUUCUAAGGAAUGAUGCUUUGACCAAUGUGGCUGAUUGUAAAGGCUGUUACCCUCUUCAUCUGGCAGCCUGGAAAGGGGAUGCUCAGAUAGUUCGUUUACUCAUCCACCAAGGACCCUCCCACACCAAAGUCAAUGAACAGAAUGCUCUUGAGAUCAAAGAACUCAAAAAGUACGGCCCCUUUGACCCUUAUAUCAAUGCAAAGAACAAUGACAAUGAGACGGCCCUCCAUUGUGCCGCCCAAUAUGGUCACACAGAGGUAGUGAAGGUCCUCUUGGAGGAACUAACUGAUCCCACCAUGCGCAAUAACAAGUUUGAGACACCGCUGGACCUAGCUGCACUGUAUGGGAGGCUGGAGGUGGUGAAGAUGCUGCUCAAUGCUCACCCCAACCUUUUAAGCUGCAACACUAAGAAACAUACUCCUCUGCACUUGGCUGCCCGGAAUGGCCACAAAGCUGUGGUCUGUGUCCUUCUCGAUGCUGGGAUGGAUAGCAACUACCAGACGGAGAAGGGCAGUGCUUUGCAUGAGGCUGCUUUAUUUGGCAAGACAGAUGUGGUUCAAAUCCUGCUGGCUGCAGGAAUUGAUGUGAAUAUAAAAGAUAACCGGGGGCUAACUGCAUUAGACACUGUGCGAGAGCUUCCUUCCCAGAAGAGUCAGCAGAUAGCGGCAUUUAUUGAAGAACACAUGACAGGGAAAAGAAGUACAAAAGAAGGAGACAGACUUCUUAGAACCCAGCCAUCAUUCGUCCCUAGCAUGGACUCAACAGCCCUGAAGUCUCAAGGUGACGUGGAAAAAGCAGUAAAUGAUCUGAUCAUGGAUUUUGACAUGAACUCACAAGAGGAAGUUCCCUAUGAGGCUCUGUAUAAUGCCAUUUCCUCCCACUCGUUAGAUAGCAUGACCAGUGGGAAGUCUUCUGACCGAGAAUCUGUGACCAAGGAGGCAGAAACAGCUGUCGUGAAAGCAUCUGGAGUGAGGCCUAGAGAACGUCCACCCCCUCCAGCCAAACCACCACCAGAGGAAGAGGAAGAGGAAGAUGCUGAAAUGGAACUUUGUCCCCAUAUAUCCUCUGAGGUUCCAGUCAUGAGAAGUAGGAGCCAGGGGAGUGCAUCCAAGGAGGAAGAUGAACAUCCUUAUGAGUUAUUGCUUACAGCAGAAACAAAGAAGCUAGUGCCAUUGGAGGGGAAAAUAAAAGAGCAGAGGAGGAGCAGCAGCAGCCGGAGCCAGGACUCUGCAGAGGGACUAGACGGGCAAGUCCCAGAGCAGUUCUCAGGUCUUCUACACGGCUCUUCUCCAGUGUGUGAAAUCAGUGAGGACCCUUUCCAGCUUAUUUCCUCUGUCAGCCAGGGUGGUUCAGAAGGGUCAUCCAGGCAGGGCACAAGUCACGAAGCUGCUAUGCAGCUAGAGGAUGCUCCUUUGCACACUCCUGGAUCCAUCCGACCCAGCCUUCCUGACCAGAAUAAGAAACUGGGUUAUUCAGCUGGCCUGCCCACCAACCACAGCCAGUCGGACCCUGAAACUUUGAUGCAUGAGAUAUCUCAGCACCCUGGUGGUGCUGAGGAAGCAGGAGACUGGAGUGGGACCAGGAGCUGGGCCCCUCCCACUAACAGACCAAAAGCUGAGCUUAAACUCAGCCGCAGUUUGUCCAAGUCAGACUCCGAUCUCCUGACCUGCUCACCAACAGAAGAUACCACGAUGGGGAGUAGGAGCGAGUCCUUGUCCAACUGCAGCAUUGGGAAGAAGCGGCUGGAAAAGUCUCCGUCCUUUGCCUCAGAGUGGGAUGAGAUUGAAAAGAUCAUGAGCUCAAUCGGGGAAGGCAUAGACUUUUCUCAGGAACAACAGAAGAUUUCAGGUUCACGGAUGUUGGAGCAGAGUGUCGGGGAGUGGCUGGAGUCAAUUGGUUUGCAACAGUACGAAAGCAAGUUGCUUCUGAAUGGAUUUGAUGAUGUUCACUUCCUGGGUAGUAACGUGAUGGAAGACCAGGACCUCCGGGAGAUUGGGAUCAGUGACCCCCAGCACCGGCGGAAGCUUCUCCAGGCUGCAAGGUCUUUGCCUAAGGUAAAACCUUUGGGCUGUGAUGGGAAUGCCCAGCCAUCUGUCCCAUCCUGGCUUGACUCUCUCGGGCUACAGGACUAUAUUCAGUCUUUCCUGUCAAGUGGCUACAGUUCUAUUGACACUGUGAAAAACCUCUGGGAACUUGAGCUAGUUAAUGUGCUGAAGGUUCACCUGCUUGGCCAUCGGAAGAGGAUCAUUGCCUCUCUUGCAGAUCGACCUUAUGAGGAGCCCCCGCAGAAGCCACCCCGAUUCUCUCAGCUGAGAUGCCAAGAUCUGCUUUCUCAAACAUCCUCACCCCUGAGCCAGAAUGAUUCUUGCACCGGGAGGUCAGCAGACCUCCUCCUGCCCCCAGGCGAUACGGGCAAAAGGCGGCAUGACAGCUGCCAGGACAUGGCUGCCCGUGGCCGAGUGGAGCGCUUUCAGACACAGGAGGAUCCCCGGGAGGCCAAACUGACUCUUCGCCCUCCCAGCCUGGCUGCUCCUUAUGCCCCUGUACAGAGCUGGCAGCACCAACCAGAGAAGCUCAUCUUUGAAUCCUGUGGUUAUGAAGCCAAUUAUUUGGGCUCAAUGCUGAUUAAAGAUCUUCGUGGGACAGAGUCCACACAGGAUGCCUGUGCCAAGAUGCGGAAAUCAACAGAACAGAUGAAGAAGAUCCCAACUAUAAUUCUUUCCAUCACUUACAAAGGGGUCAAAUUCAUUGAUGCCUCUAACAAGAACAUCAUUGCAGAACAUGAGAUUCGGAACAUCUCCUGCGCAGCACAGGACCCUGAGGACCUCUGCACCUUUGCUUACAUAACUAAGGACUUGCAGACGAGCCACCACUAUUGCCAUGUGUUCAGUACUGUGGAUGUGAAUCUGACCUAUGAGAUCAUCUUGACUCUGGGACAGGCAUUUGAGGUGGCCUAUCAGCUGGCCCUGCAGGCCCAGAAAGCCAGGCCUAGUGGGGCCUCCUCGGCUGAGACGAUAGAAACAAAAGCUUCCAAACCGGUGCCUAAGCCUCGAGUCGGCAUGAGGAAAUCUGCAGGGCCGCUGCCACCUGAUAACCGCUGUUGUUACUGUCACACCUGCACCACCCACCGUCCUUCUUACCUACCGUUGCCGGCUGUUAGUCCCGGAGUCAAGUUGGAACCAUCUGACAUGGACCAAGAUACCCAGUCUCAUGCCAGUGUCUCCUGGGUAGUGGACCCCAAACCGGAUUCCAAAAGGAGCCUCAGCACUAAGUAUGAGACCACUAUCUUCUAAAACCAAUCCAGCCCCUGUCUCCACUAGUCUCACUGUGCCUUUACCAUCUGAUCUGUCUGCUGUUCUCAGCUCUCUCCUUCCAGCUGCUGAUGGUGAGCCCCCUCCCCUCCCAGGGGCCUGCUCUCCUCCCUGGCAGCAGCACUAAGACACUGUACACUAACAGCUUUUGUACCUUAUACCAUCAAACACUGUGAAUUCUCCUCCCUUUGGCUGGGAACGGUGCAGUGGAGGGAGGGAGGGGCCUUUGAGGUGGGCACCAAGAGGGCUGAGGGGCCUUUCAAUGAACAGGCACUACGAAUCCCUGGGGGAUGAUGGUAAUGUCACCCUGGCCUCAGCUCAGGACAUGUGAUCUCCUCUGGCCCACACUUCCAUCUGAGCCAUGGCUGGGGACUGUUGCCAAGAACUAACUAACUCACUCACCUUUCUCGACACUAACCACUGUGACCACCCGGUGUGCCAGGAAACCUGCUCCCCAUUCUAAACUCAAAUCUUACCUGCCAGCUCUACCUAUCACCUGUCUUAUGCACAGUGCUGGACUUUAUCAGCAAAUGGCCAAUCAUAGCUUCCAUGGUUUGGUAUUGGGGGUGGGGUGGGGACUGAGCUACUGCAGAUGGCCUGAGGCAGGAGAUGGGAAAGCAUUUAUGCUAUUUGGUGGUUUGGACUGGGCAGAAUUACUUUCUCUAUGUCCAGACUACAUGCCAACUCUUCACAUCUGUAGCUGACUCCCAGGAGCAGAUCUGAAGGGGUUGACCUCAGGGGUGACCAGAGUGUCGGGAUUUGUGGCUUACUCCUCUAGAGAAGUUCCUUGCCUCGUGACAAAUAGAAUGGAGACUAUAUAUGCAUUGUCCCAUCAUCCUUGUCACUCCCAUAUUAUUAGAGUUUCAGGAAGUUUGGGCAGCACCAGCCUCUAUUUCCAAAGUCCAGGUUAACAAAUGGAAAGGCUUCCUUCUUGGAGAAAUGAGGAGUGAGGCCUAUAUUCUUCCUAUAUGGUGCAUAGUCCUACUGCCUCAGAAUGGGGCUACCAUAAGCUAGGGGGCUGGUACCCCAAGCUUUCUAUGUUAACUGCCAUCAUCAUUUCCCCAAGUAAUUCUUAAGUCUACUUCCUUCUCCAUAAUAUGAGGAGGCAAAGAUUAAGUUGUGGCCUGUUCUUUGACCUCUUGGGCCUCUCUGGUGUAGGUGGUAGGAGGACAGACACUAUUGUUUCCUAUGAGUUAAAAAACCUCCAAAACCUAUAAGAACUGAGAUGAGGAGAUGGGACUUUAGGCAAAUAGAAUCAGCUUAGCUGGCAGAAUAUAGUAAGGAGGUGAUUUCAUUAGGAAAUAGUUUAAAUGUAAUGCAGUUCAGUAGAAGGCUAAAGCAGAUGUAGCCAUUUUGGAGAGUUUAAAUAUAAGUUAAUAAAACCAGGGUGGGCCUCCCUUGCCUGCCUGUUCCUUGUGCCUUUUAAGAACAGAUUUCCUAUAGCAGAGAUGCUGGGUUUUCUAUUUAUCAGUCAGCCCAGGGAGCCCUGGGGAUUCUCUGAGGCACCUUCCCCUUCAACUUCAGUCCUCCUCUCUACAAUUUGCCUUUUGUUAACCCUUUCCCCUCCCCGUUCUGUUUGCUUCUGCCAAGCUGAGCCACUAGGAAACCACACUGCUGCGGAAAAAUAGUCCUGGGGGCACAGACUACUGCCACCACUGCCUCACCCACCAUCUUGAAGAUCCAGGCUCAGCCUCUGCUUUGGGGAUCGCCUUCCUGCUGCUCAGCACAGGCUUUCCACAAUCAAGCCUCAAAAAUAGAUCCUUUCCCCCCAUCCCUCCCUACCCCUGACUGAAGAGCAGCAAUUCAGGGUCUCAGUCUAACAAGUGAGAUUGGGAUUCCAGAAGGCCAAGAAGUGACUGUGUUUUUUAGCUUGUCCAGAAAAACUUUUUUUUUAAAUAGAAAAAAAAAUGACUACCAAUGGCCUGGGCCCAUAGGGAAGACUGCCAAUCUUCAGCCAGAAUGUCAUGGGGAUGAAGAUCUUUGGGGAACUAUAACUGUCAAAAAGGACAAUCUAUCUAGGCCUCCCUUCCUCAGAAUGAGACCGUGGAGUAGAAUAGCAGGUUUGAAAGGAAAGCAAAUGCUUAUGGGAGAUGGGUGAGUAUAAGAACAGAAUUGAGAGUUUGUUAGGCUCUGAUGUUCAGAUCUAGCUGAAUUCCUGUGUUUUUUCAAAGUACACCACUCCCCUUAGAAAAGACAACAUCUCUGAUAUGAAAAAUAACAUGAUCCUGGGGAUACCUGAAAAGCACGUCUCAAGCCAUCUCUAGGAUUUUAGAUGUGAGGUUCUGCUGGUCAAAUAGAAAUGGUUAUUUCCAUUUAUUGCUGUCCAUGGUGAGUUUUCAGUCCCUUCAGUGCCCUCCACCCCAUUAGUGACUAUGUUUUUCUUUCCCACCAGCUCUCUGAUAGCUACAUAUUUUCUAAAUUCCAAAGGAAAAGAGAAAAAGAAACCUAAUUUGGGGCUUUAACAGGGAGACCAACUGAGACUGAUACCGUGAUUUGAGAUUUGUUUAAGCAAGUCUUUGCAAUUAAGCCUCAUUGUGAACUCUCCAAGUCUUGACUAUGACUGUUUUGUUCUAAUGCUCCAAUACCCUUGCUCAUCCCUGGCUCCAAAUAUAUACAGGAAAGGGCUUAAAAGCUGGUAGCUGACUUGUUUUUUAACCAGGCAGAUGGUGGCCAUUAUCUACACCACGUUGAGCACUACUGUUUGUUACAAUUCCCCAAUUUGCUUCUCCCUUUAACUUCAGUUUUAUUUCUGGAAUUUAAAACAGGGACUUCUUCCAUUUGAGACUGAUGGGGCUUGCAAGCACUGGUAACCUGGAUACACCUCCUGAGAUAGGGAUCAAAAAAGGAUCAUUCUUUCCCAUGUAUGCUUUAGCAAAUCUAACAUUCUAAAGGCACAGUUCAGUCCUGACCAAGUGUAAAUAUUCUAGACUUUGGCAAUACUGCUCUUUCCAGUGAAAGGUAUCAAUUGGAAUAACAUGUUUAUGUGUAUACAAGGAGGGUCCUUUUGGAAAUGCACAAACUUUGGCCAGAAGUUGCAAGUGGUGUUUUUAUAUCAUUUGAGGCUUCACCUUGUGGACUUUCUCUCUGUUGAUCCAUCAGAGUCUUACUUUAAUUCUUCAUCCAGCUCUAAUCCUGGUCAUUCUGUCCUAGACAAAGAUGUUGGUUAUUUCAGCUCAGAGGCACUCCUAUCAACUUGCCAUUGUGCAGUAUUCAAUCUCGGUUUUUCUGAAAAAUUUCCCAAGGAAAAUUAAGAUUUCUUCAGUGAAAUUUCCUGCCACAGUGCUGGGUCUUUAUGCCCUGGGCCCAGUCACAGCAUUUCUCUCCAUCUUCCAGAACUCUUUCUCCCUUAGUUGUUUCCUUUCCAAGUAGGUAUCUGGAUAGAAGGUAGGUCCAGAAAGAAAAUUCUGUGUAGACACUAAGAUGAAUUUCUCAAAGUUUGUUGUUUUUUUAAUCACAUUUGUGUUUUUGUUUUUCUUAAAGCUGCUAUGUCCUCUUUAUUUAUUCAGGGUGUUUUCAGAUUGGGAAGUUGGCUGGUCAGCUCUGGUUUUUAGAUUGGUAUAUUUUUGGAUAUUGGAGAAAGGAAAGUGACUGGAUUUUUUAAAAAUUUAUUUUUGGGGUCAGGUACUCUCCCUUCCCUAGAAAGGGAUAUUGCAACUUUAAGAACAGGCUUUGAGUGGGAUAGCCACUGCUAUCAUACUGUUCUCAGUGCAGGCCAUGUAGCAUGGUUGAACACAUCCACUGUGUUUCUGAACUGUGAAGGAGCCCAUUUAGGUGUGAAACUGCAGCUUUCUUGGAAUGGGUUCAGUUACAUUAAGCUGUCAUCAGCUCCCAGCUCUCUGCUUGAAUUUCCCCAUGUGCUCGUUAACUGUUCUUAGGCAAUAGGAUUCUUCUUCCUAACAAGGCUCUACAUUUGCAACUCUCCAGGUCCCUAGUGGGCCCUCUCAUACUAAAGAUCACGGGUAGUUUCUCAGACACGGUUGGAACAGUAAAGCAAGCACAUUUGUGGUUUGUGAAAGUUAACCUGAGUUUAGUCUGGCUUGAAGGCUUAUCUGAGAUUGCCCAGGCUUGCAGAAUGACUGUCAAAUUCAGUUUGCAAAAGGGUGAUUUUGCUAAUUGUGGUGUGUGGCAAUGGGACUGAUUUGUAAUAAAAAUGUUAUUUAAUCUUUGUCUCUGUAUUUUGAUACUUGAAUGAUUUUCCUUUUUAUUUUCCUGUAUAUAUAAUUGUUAAUCUGUCCGAUUUUGUCAGAAUUAUAAACACCUUGUGGUACCAAACAUAACCAAUCUGUGCAACAAAAUAGACUGACCUCACUACACAGAGAGAUUGUAAAUAUUCCUGGGCUUCCAGCAUUGGUUUUUGUUAUUUUCAUAACUGUACAACUUAGAACAGACUGAAUAAAUGAGAAAUGACUUAGA